AGGCGCGCAGGAGGCGAGCCACGGGACGCUGACAAGCGGCGAGGAGCGAGCUGAGCUCUGGGUCCUCGGCCCUGGCCGCCUGGACCCGGCCUCUAGGGCUGCGCGGGCGGCCGUCGAGAGGGACCGCACUGCGUCACUCGGGGCUCGCCACCGGGACACCCCAAAUUCCGGCACCGCGCCUCGCCUCUCUGCAUUUGCCGACCCCCAGCGUCGGCGCAUGGGCGGGCGGUGGGGGGCGGAGCUCGCCCUCCUGGGCCGCUGAUUGGCUGCCUCCGCUUCCCUUUCACCUCCCGGCUGCGAAGUUCAGGUGUGAAGGGACCGCGGUCUGCGAGCCCGCCGCUGUCUGAGAGGUUGCGGUUUGCUCUCGCAGGGAGGCGUUAAUCUCGCUCAGGCUUCUGCGGCAGCGCCCCACCAGCCCAGUUUCCGGAAAUAGUUUGGGUUUAUAUUAUUUUCUCGGACGGUGGAAGAUGUUGGCAUUUAUGUUCGCCUCUACACGAAUGUUUUGCUGGCAACUUAAAUGACUAUUUUUCUCAGAAACGCGAGAUAUUUCCCCCCCCAGGUGUUCAUACUGUUAUUUUUCAUGACAGAUCUUGACCACAAUACAUACAAAAAAUACAUAGAGAUGAUAACUAAUAUAGUUAUAUUGAGUCUGAUCAUUUGCAUUUCUUUAGCUUUCUGGAUUAUGUCUAUGACUGCAAGCACCUAUUAUGGUAACUUACAGCCUAUUUCUCCUUGGCGUUGGCUGUUUUCAGUUUUUGUUCCUGUUUUGAUCGUCUCUAAUGGCUUUAAAAAGAAAAGUCUAAAUCAUACUGGGGCUUUAGGAGGGCUCGUGGUUGGAUUUAUCCUAACCGUUGCAAAUUUCAGCUUUUUCACCUCUUUGCUGAUGUUUUUUCUUUCUUCCUCAAGACUCACUAAAUGGAGGGGAGAAACAAAGAAACGUCUAGAUUCAGAAUACAAGGAAGGUGGGCAGAGGAAUUGGAUUCAGGUAUUCUGUAAUGGAGCUGUGCCCACAGAGCUGGCCCUGCUAUACAUGAUAGAAAAUGGCCCUGGGGAAAUCCCAAUAGAUUUUUCCAAGCAGCACACUGCUUCUUGGAUGUGUUUGUCUCUCUUGGCUGCACUGGCCUGCUCUGCUGGAGACACAUGGGCUUCAGAAGUUGGCACUGUUCUGAGUAAAAGCCCACCGAGGCUGAUAACAACCUGGGAGAAAGUUCCAGUAGGGACCAACGGAGGAGUUACGAUGGUGGGCCUUGCCUCCAGUCUCCUUGGAGGGACCUUUGUGGGCAUUGCAUACUUCCUCACGCAGUUGGUUUUUGUUAAUGAUUUAGACAUUUCUGCUCCUCAGUGGCCAAUUAUUGCAUUUGGGGGUCUGGCUGGAUUACUAGGAUCAAUCGUGGAUUCGUAUUUAGGAGCUACCAUGCAAUUUAGUGGUUUGGAUGAAAGCACUGGCAUGGUGGUCAGCAGCCCAGCUAAUGAGGUGAAGUACAUAGCAGGGAAACCCAUUCUUGAUAACAAUGCCGUGAAUCUGUUUUCUUCUGUCCUUGUUGCCCUCUUGCUCCCAACAGCAGCUGCUUGGGGUUUUUGGCCCAGACAGUGAAUUUUAUUUCAUUUACUAAAGUUAAAACUUCGGUAAAUUCAGCUAAAUUUGCAAUUCCAAGUCUCAUCCCAAGAAGAGUAAUUGUAAUGACAAAGCAGAAAUGCCAGCUUCUCCUCUAUUCCAUUACAAUGGAACUCCACGUUUUUCCUCUCUCUGAACUCCAUUGUAACAACUAAUAUCUUUUUGGUGAAAGACAAGGCUCAUAGAAUUUAUGCAUAUUUUUCUUCUGCUGAAUGGAACUUGAGCAGUGAAACUAUAAUGUCCCUAUAUAUUGAACUGAAAGUUCCUGCAUGGUAGAUAUAAAUUUUAUUUUGUUUGUUUAAAUCAGUAAAGGGACUAAAAGUAAUAAAAUUUUUAAAUGGCUCAGUUGUGGCAGAGAAAUGUCACCAUGCCAAUUAUCCAAAUGUUGUAUCUGUUUUAAGUAUUUAAACCGAUGUGUGUGAAAGCCUGAAUAAGUGUAGCAUCCUGGACUUCUCCCAUUACUUGCCAUUUAUUAUUGUAAAAAGCGUGGAGUUGGGGCGGCUGGGCCCGUGAGCCAUGGCCACUGAGCCUGCACGUCCGGAGCCUGUGCUCCGCAACGGGAGAGGCCACAACAGUGAGAGGCCCGCGUACCGCAAAAAAAAAAAAAAGUGUGGAGUUUGGUUCCUGGUGAGCUGUGAGGUCUACUCCAUGUUUGUUCUUCCUUCCUCAGGGUUAGUGAUGAAGAAAAGUAAAUGUCUUUUUCAUGUGACCAUUAGAAUGCAUGAAAAAAAUUUAUUUUUAGGUAAAGGAAAAGAGAUACGUCUAAAAAAUAUGCACCUUACUAUAUGUUUUAGUUUGUCUCUGAGCAGAAAUUAUCUUGAAUUUAAUAUUUUUAAUGUAUUUUCUAGCUUUCUUUGAAAUUUGUCUAGGAAUCUGAUUUACACUGGCAUCUUGACCAGUUAAAGAGUCACUGGAAAAUUAUUGCAAUUAUUAUUUCAUUUGCUGUCCUAGAAUUCACUGGAAAAUGCUAUGAUUUCCUAUUAUGUACCUUCUAAGUUGUGCUCUCCUUUACAUAUAGCCUCAAACAAAGUGAAUUCUACUUUUCAGUUUUGUUCUUCACUUUGAUGUACGUACUAAAGGGGUUUAACAUAGUAUGGAUUAUUGUGCUAAAGUAUUUUGAAAUAUUUCUCAUGUGAUUUCCAUACCUUUCUUCCCCUUCCCCUUUUGCAUUCAUAAAAAAAUUGAGGAGAGAUUGCAUGAAUAAGCCACUGUCAGAGUGGAGAAAGCUUUAUUUUCUUUGUUGGUGACCCUGCUACAGUGAUUAUCUAGAAAUGACUUGGUUAAGGAAGAAUUUUUUUUUUUUUUUUUU